UAAGAUGGUACGGACAUAACAUCUUAUUCUGUUAUUCUGGUUUCUAUUAAAUAGUGACUUUAAGCAAUACAUUGGUUCAAAGUAUUCAGAAAUAUGUUCCAUAACACACAUUAACACUGACUAUCCAAAUGUGGUGGUGACGCAAACCAAAAUGUCUAUUUUAUAAAACGCAACGCAACUUUAUGUUGUUUGUAGUUAUUACUGUGGACACAUUGUUGCAUGCAUUCUUCUGUGAUCACCUUGCGCACCUCCACGCCUGAUGGACGUUCCCAGCGCAAACAUUCGUCUUCAGAUCUCGUUCGCUCCUCCCCGCGGAGUCCCGGCGGCGAAUCAAAACGCGCUCAGGACUUGGACUCCUUUUCAACGUGGGCUAUGAAGUUAACUUGUGGUGGAACGGGGACGCGAGAUCUUAUCCACACCACACAGCGGCCGGUUACCUGAUCGCGCUUGGAUGGAGGGGCGAAACCCGAUCGCCUGAUGUGCUGCCUGAGACCCAGAGGAGUGACUUAUCAGGACGCGUUAAAAAUGUCUUCUUCCUCAAGCGAGGUCAUUAGUGCCGAUGAGAUCAAGAGGGAGAGCGCAAGGGCACUGGAGAAUCGUGGGAGUGUCAAGCUGUCACUGCUGGACCCCGCGGAGUUGCCUAUGGAGAAUGCAACUUCAGUCUCGGCCGUCGAUGCCGUCCGUUCCGAACUUUUGGACUGCGCACCGGCGUCCCUUGCCUUUUCUCCCGAACAGGUUGCGUGCGUCUGUGAAGCGCUGCUGCAGGGUGGAAAUGUGGAGCGCUUAGCGAGGUUCCUCUGGUCACUGCCGCAGAGCGAUCUGCUGCGGGGGAACGAGAGCAUCCUUAAAGCGCAAGCGAUAGUUGCUUUUCACCAAGCCCGGUAUCAGGAGCUGUACUGUAUUUUGGAGAACCACAGUUUCAGCCCGUCAAACCACCCUUCCCUUCAGGAUAUGUGGUACAAGGCGCGCUACACCGAGGCGGAGAAGGCGCGGGGCAGACCGCUGGGUGCCGUGGACAAGUAUCGCUUACGCAGGAAAUAUCCCCUGCCUCGGACUAUCUGGGACGGGGAAGAGACCGUGUACUGUUUUAAAGAGAGGUCUAGGAAUGCGCUAAAGGAUAUGUAUAAACGAAAUCGAUAUCCCUCGCCGGCCGAAAAACGAAAUCUGGCUAAAAUAACAGGACUGUCUCUGACGCAGGUCAGCAACUGGUUUAAGAACAGAAGACAGAGAGAUCGAAAUCCGUCCGAGGCGCAGUCCAAAAGCGAGUCAGAUGGCAAUCACAGCACAGAAGAUGAGUCCAGUAAGGGCCAGGAGGACUUGUCACCACGACCCCUGUCCAGCGGUUCUUCAAGCUCAGCCACACACGGAACAGCCCCCCCUACAGUUUACUCGGACGGAGGAACGACUGUCAUUCAACAGAUUGGAGAUGUAAAGAUGUCCUCACAUGCAGCUGGAGGAAUGGGUUUUAAUGGUGACCUGACGAGUGUGAAUGCCCACUACAUCAACGGUGGAGCCUACGCUCAGUCCCAUAGUAACAAUGCUCUCCUGAAUGGACUUGGUGCCACAGGUGGCCAUUUCUUGACCUUUGAUUCUCAGAGGGUCUCCCAUCAUAGCCAGGAGAGGCUGUUGGGAGGGUCUUCUGUGUCUUAUGCUCCUUUCCCAAUGGGGGUUGGUGAAACAGGCUCUGGAAAGCUGGAGACCAUGCAGACUCUAGUUUCAAAUGCUGAAGAUGGAGUUAUUUCUUCAGUGGUCUCCUUCGCUUCUCCCACCUCCACACCCUCCACUACCUCAGUAGCUCUUCAUCUCAGCAGUUACAGCAUGGUCAAUCUCCCUGGAAGCGAAAUAACCAUGGGUCUUCCUCCUCUGAUGCUCCCGCCAUCCUCUACAUCAUCCACUCAUGGCUCUGCUCCUUUGGGCAAUGUGGUCAGCGACUCCCCCCAGCAUUCGAGCCAAGCCCUGCUCUACACCCAGACCGUCAAGCAGGAGCCUCUGGAUGUGACUGGAAGCUACACCUAUCCUUCUGAAAUCUCCCUGGACCAAGGCAGCAACCUGGGCUACACAGCCUCGCUUUUCCUUUCUUCAAAUCUCGGCUCUUCUUCAUCCACCGGCGGUUCUCUUGCCCCUACCGUCACAGCCACAGUCACUUCCGCCCUCUCUAGCACAGAGGUCCACCACUCCUUGAAUCAAGCUGGUCGUAGCCUCCAGGAAGGCAACGGCACUCUGUCUUCAGACUACGGAUCCGAAGGUAUCCAUCUGCAUCUGUCCAACAGCCUCCAGGGCCCCGCCAGGGCAGUAGAAGGUCCGGUCAGGGUCCUUUGUGGAGAUCUGGAAAUGGAAGGUAAAGAGCUUGCCAAGCUGCAGACCGUACAAAUGGAUGAUGAUGGAAGUGACCUCUGACUACGAGCUUGUGCUGGACUGGUUUUGUCGCACCACGGUGUGGCAUAAUAACAGGGACCCUGUAAGCACAAAUCCAAGUUUUGAAGCCUGAUGGUGGAUAUACGCGGCGAAACAAUGUGAACAGUGCCUUUCUGUCCCAACUUGCACUAAGAGGGAUGCAGAAUGUACCAGGCAAUGCACUGACCUUUUGAAGAUUAUGUAGCUGCACUGUCUUAGCGCUCACCUCAUAAAAAUAUAAGAAUGAAAGAUGGACCCGUUAAAGCACAACGCGGAUGUGCUCAGAAUCAAACUUAAAACUGUAGCCUCAUGGUUGUUUCUUUUAACAAAAUGUUGUAGAAGCACAAAUGUGUUUUUGUUGUUGUUGGAAUUUUUGUAUUUAAAUCUUUUGAGUGUGAUUAUACAAAUGUGAUAAAGGUUAUUUUGUUAUGUUUGA